AUGGCCGGGCGGCCCUCGCGCGAGGGCUGGUCAUGGAAGCGAUAUGAGCGCCCGGGGCUGAUGCAAGAUGAGAUCGAGGAGGUCAAAGAGGCUUUCGACCUCUUCGAUGUGGAUGGAACCCAGCGGAUCAACCCACGGGACCUCAGAGCCUGCGUUCAGUCGCUGAACCUGCGACGCAAUCAGGUUGUCCACCAUAUCCUCAAUGACUUGGAAAGGCAAGGCGGAAAGCCACUGGACUUCGGUGCCUUUCUGGAUUUGAUGACCGCCAAGAUGGGUGAGCGGGACACAAAGGAGGAUGUCUCCAAGGUCUUCCGACUCUUCGAUGACGACCGAACGGGCAAAAUCUCGCUGCGAAACCUGCAGCGGGUGGCGCGGGAGCUCGGCGAGCAGCUUCCGGUCGAAGCGCUGGAGGACAUGAUCGCGCGCGCCGAUUCGGAUGGUGAUGGUGAGGUGACCGCGGAGGACUUCUACAUUCUGAUGACGCAGAAGACAUUUCCGUAUUGA